GCACUGUCCAUGCAAAUAAUUUACGUCGUCAUACGUUUUUUGUUUAUUGUGGAAAUUGGAUUCGUUCUCCAGCAGUUCUCUUUUCUUACUUUUAUUAAUUUGGCGUUGUUGCUGAAUUAUAUAUUUACCGCAAAAAAAGAAAAAACUUAAAUUUGAGAUACGAAGUUUACUUUACUACGUCGACAAGGAACGAUCGAAAUAUAUAGAAAUAAAUUAACCGUUGAAUUAAUUUCGGUAGCCGAGGAAGAGAUCAAACAAGAUUUAAAGUGCAAAACCAAAUUAAAUGUAAUAAUUACUAACAACACGAUUUUCCAGUCUAAGGGCAACUAGCAAGUGUAAGGAGAACUAGACCUACAAAUUUAAUCUUACUAUGUGAGUAAUAGGAAGUGGCAAAUUAUUUAAAGCAGUGGCCACAAAAGAGAAGUUGGAGGAUUGUGCAUAAAAAAUUUAGUGAAGCUAAGAAAAAUUAAUUUUGCUUCUAAAGAUGCUGCCACGCCAACCAGGAGCCCAGCAACAGCAAUCGAAAAGCUCCAAUUUAGAUUUUCGCAAACGGCAAAUUGAUACACUUAAAAUAUUCAACGAUAAUGUUGUUGAAGUGGCUGAGCAGGAGGAAUAUUGCAUACAUUUCGAAUCUGGUGGACGAACCUUAUUACUUACUGUACAGCUUGGUGCGAAUUUCCCAAAUGAACGACCUAAAUUAGCUAUAUCACCGACUGUACAGCAUCAUUGGGUUAAUGCGGUAACGGGCGAAGUGGAAACGGCGCCUGGAUUACUCAACUACUCACCCCAUUCAGAUUUGGGUCGCGUUGUGCAGGCCGUUAUACGUGAAUAUGAGCGUUUUCCGCCACCUGUAGCAAGUUCCGGCAGUCCAAUCAAUAUUCCAACCCGUUCAGGCAAUAUCAACACCACAGCAACACCAACAACUGUAGCGGCGAAGUCGCUGGAUAGCAGCAAGGAGAAUUCACCUUUGGAUUCGGCAAAAUCUUCUAAAACCAAUGAUAGUAGCUUACCAAAUCUAUCCACACUAUCAUUAGAUGAGCUGAAGCAGCUGGACAGUGAUCCGCAAUUUUUCGAUGAUUUCAUUGAAGAGAUGUCUGUAGUGCAGCAUUUGAAUGAGGAGCUUGAUUCGAUGAUCAAUCAAGUAGAGAUUAUAUCACGGGAAAACGAGUCCAAGGAAACACAUUUGGUUGAACUAAAACGUAAAUUAAGCGACGAUGUCACCGCGCUUAAGCAUCUGGGCGAGAAAUGCGACCAGCUGAAUAAAAAGUACUUAAAAAAAUCGGAGGAAUAUGCACCGCAGCACAUACGCGAGUUGCUACAAAUUGCCGCCUCAAAUGCGGACAGCGAUUGUGAUCGACAUGUAGAGCAAUUUCUCAAUGGUAAAAUCGAUGUACAAACAUUUUUAAAUAAUUAUACGCAUUCAAAGAAAGUAAGCGCCGAACGCAAAGCCAAAGAAGAGCGCUUGGGUCACCAACUUAGCGCAUUGGAACGUGCCGGCAUUUAAAAAA